UGUAGUUUUCUAGUUGCGUCCCGGCCGAUCCCUUGGAUGGAAGAGGAAGAGAGAGGCAGAAAUGUGUGUCGUAAAUAGUACACCAUAGCGUCGAGCUAGCCGCGCGCACGUACGUACGUACGUACGUACCCUGACCGGCCAAUCUCAUUAACAUAUUCAUCAUAUUAUUUUCUGGUUUACUGACGCCAUCUUGAAUUUACGAACGUUGUCAUUUUCGUUCACUGGGGAUCUUCAAACCAAACACUUAUCUACUUUUAUCUUCGGCAUCCGUGAGAAAAGAGUAAUUGCAGCAGUUGUAGGCAUCUCUCUACUUCUUCCCAACUGAGCAGGCAAGGGAGCAACUUGCUUGUUCCUUGGGUAGCUACUGUAGCCCAAUGACACACGCAGCAGAAUGUCUGACAGGUUGGUAACAAGCAAAGGGAAGGAUGGCAAGCAAAAGUACUCGUCCCUCAAUCUUUACGACACCUACAAAGGAAAGAGUGUAGAACCCCAGAAGACAACAACAAGCCAUGGCCGUGGAUUGCAGAGUCUUGGUAAAGUUGGAACUGCACGUCGCAUGCCCCCUCCAGCUAACCUUCCCAGUUUAAGAAGCGAAAACAAAGGAAACGAUCCCAACGUAAACUUGGUACCCCAAGGUGGAACAGGAUGGACAGCAGGAAAGGACAAAACAGAAAGCUCAUCAGGAGAUCAGAAGUCAAUCACUACCCAGCCAGGACCAACAACAGCACCAGCAGCAGGAGUAGUAGUCCAGUCAGUCCCAGACAAGCAAGGGGGAUCGGCCUCAUGGAAACCAGGUGCAUCCAGUGCAUCCGAAGGCGCAAGUGUUCCAAGUGGGCAUGGGCAGGAUGUCCCUGGUGGGUUCCACAAGGAGUUCCCUUCCCUUCGGGCGGGCACACCCCCCACAGAGGCCCAACGCAAGGAGCCACCAAAAGAAGUACAAUAUGGGCCCGGACCAAGCCUUCGUCCACAGAAUGUAGCAAGCUGGCGAGAAGGAGGCAGUUCCCUCAACAAAGUCACUGGCAGUGGGACGGGGGCGGGGGCGGGGGCUGGUCCGGGUGUAGAGGGAGAGGGUGGUAACCAGCUGAAAGAUAAAGGACCCAUGAUGCAUCCCAUGGGAGCUAGCCCCCUCCCACCCAAUAUAAAUGGGAGCCAGGGUGGCCCCCCUCCGCCAGGCCCCAUGCCCCCGCAAUUUAGGGGAAUGAUGCCGCCCUUUAUGUUUGGGAGGGGAGGUUUCCCACCAGGUCCUGGGGGACCACACCCAGCUGGCCCUCCUGGCCCAGGUGGCCCACGUGGGCAUUAUCCAAUGGGCUUCCCUCCAGGAAUGCAGGGACCACCCAGGCAAGGCUACCCCACUCAGCAGGAUCAAAGAUCAAUGAAACCAGGUGGGUCAGGCAGAGGCCCCAGUCCAGACUCAAGAGGUGGAGGGCGUUUUCAGAAGACCACCAUUGUCAGUGCAGAGACCCUGCAGCAGCUAGACUCAUUGGAUGAGGCCAACAAGUCCCUGGAUGGCUGGGCAGGGGCCCAUGGGGAGGUGGACUACUCUGCCAAGCUGGUAUUCAGUGAUGAGGAAGACAACCACAAAGGAGAAAAGAAGCACAGGAGUAAAGGUGACAGCAGUGAGCAGCAGAGAGAGAGGGGAGGUCGUGAUCAAAGGAAUGAUUCUGCAGAAGAGAGAAGGAGAUUGGACUCAGACAGAGAUGAUUAUAGAGACAGACAGAGAGAUAGACCAGGUACAUCGGGUACCCCAUCCCCUAGCCAGAUGCAGCAACAGCCCCCAGGUGGCAGGAUGGGCCUUCCCAUCCAGGGACCAGGUGGACAGAUGCAUCCCAGUAUGAUGCCACAGGGCUGGAAUCGUGGAGAACAGCCACCAUUUGAUCAGAGAGGACCACCUCCACCCCAAGGUCAAUACGGCAGAAUGCCCCCACAGGGUCCUCACUACCAACAACCCCCAUCACUUGGCCCAUCACCUCCCAUUGGCCCGCAACAGGGUGCUAAACCACCUAUCGAUGAAGAAGAGGACCUCUGGCGCCAACAACGUCAAAAACAAUCAGAUGAGAUGACCAAGAACCUUGAGCGUGCCCGGCAACGCCGCAUGCUCAAGGAGCAAGAGGAGCAACAGUUGGAUCAAGAGCGUAAAGCAGCUGCCCAUGAGAAGCUGCGCAAGUUGGAGGAGCGCAUGGGGGAACGGCCCAAGCGGGACUCGGAGGCUGAGGGUAGUGGUGCCACUGCUGCUGGCAGUGGGGAGGAGAGAGGCAGUGAGCUUGUGUUGCCCGCAAGAGAUGGAGGGAAGAGACAGCGAACAGAAAGUGGUAGCAGUGAUGGGUCUGGGCCCAGACAAAGCAGAGAUGGACGAGGAGCUUACCAGCGUUCACAAAGGAACAUACCACCAAGGUUCCUCAAACAACAGCAGCAACAGAAGUCCUACCCACAGCAGCUGCCUCCGCCUCAUGACCAGCAAGUGAGACGUUAUCCCUCCUAUCCACCACAGCAGUUUGAAAAGGAGCACCGGUCUGGUGCCCCAUCCCCCCCUCAUCCAUACCCAUCCCAAAGGGAGUCUGGCGACCCCCGGGAGAUUCGACGAGAUGCCAGAGAAGUCUUCAGCGGCAGUGAUCAACAAGAUGGCCGGGGUGCCCCUCCAAGGGAGAUCAAAAGACAGGAGUCAAACAAUAGAAGAAGCCCUGAAGACUGGGACGCACAGGUGGAGAGCAGAGAGUGGCAUAGCAGUGACCUGCGAGAGAACCGGGGAGAGGAUACUGUAAAAGAAGCACGGCCCAGUGGAGAGCCAAGAAAGACAGCAUGGGAUCCACCAGAAAGUACCACCAAAGAUACAAAGGCUGUAACCCAACCACCGGGUGCAUAUCCACAACCUGCAAGACAAGGAGAAGGAAGAACAGAUAAUCAAGAUGGCCGGCAAAUCCUAGAAAUCAGAACAAUACCAUCAUCUGUCCCUGACAAGCCCCACCCAAUUCCUCUAAUGGAAACCCAACCACAACCCCACUUUGAGAGAAGAUACCCUGAUACAGUUAGGAGGUACGAUCCUCGGUCCAGUGGCAGUGGGCGGGAUCCCCGUCAGUCCCAACAUCCCAAUAGAUCCAGACAGGAAUCUGAAAUGGACAGAUAUGACAAUAGAGCCCCAAGCAAGGGGGACAGUGCAAAACAAAUCCAUGAACAACAGAGAAGUAGUUCUGAACUAAAGGAGCCUGUGAUUCAACAGGGUGGACGUCAAGCUGAAGAGCAACCAUUGAAAGAGCACCAGUCAAAUACUGAUACCCAUGUCAAAUCAGGAGAAAAGUUGAAAGAGGGAUCAUCAGAAAAGCUGCGGCUGGUACCUUCAGACUCUACCAGUGGGCAGCCCAAAGCUUGGUCUCAGUCCAAUAAGUAUCAGGAUGACAGCCAACGCAAAGGCAGUGACAGUAAGGAGACAGGUCACCGGGACCGAAGAGACAGGAUCAGUUCCAGUGGACAUCAGGAAUCCUCUGAAGGCAGAUCAAGAAAUGACCAGGAGUCAAGCAAAAAACAGGAUGCAGUGGCUGAUCUGGGUAAAAAGCCAGUGCACCACAAAGAACCCACAGAGAAGAAGAGGUGGCAUGAUACCCCAAAGUCAGUCACUUCCACUACUGAGCAGAAAAAGGAGGAGUCUACAAGGCCUGAAACAGCAACUACAGGCUUGGCUGAUGUCAAGGAUAAAAGUGGUUCUGACAAAAAUGAUAAAAAGAGUGAUUCUGGUUCAGUGUCUGACAAAUCCUCAGUUGAUACUAUUGAGAGCAAAAGUAGCAAAGAUGCAAAGGACAUUACUGUAGACAAGAGUAGAGAGUCAACCAGACAAAGGUCAAACAGACGAGAUAGGUCCGAGAGAUCGGACAGAUCAAUCAGAUCAGACCGGCCUAACAGAAGAGAUAGGGGAGAGAGAUCAGACAGACCUGCACGAGGAAGGAGAGAUGGGCUUGCUUUUGAUAGGAGAGAUGCAAAAGGUCGUGGUACUAGGGUGGAUUCGGGUCGUAGCAGAGGUCGUAGCUCAAGACCCUAUGGGUCCGGCUAUUCAAAAGGAAGAGGCGAGUGCCGCUAUAAGCCAUAUGAUGGCCGGCGAGUGACCCCAAGUGAGGAUUUAGAAGAAGUUGAAAUGCUCCAUUUAGAAACUGUUAAUGAGGCUGCCCCAGCUAAAGAAGUCAUUUUAAACCAAGGUCCAAAAGACAAAGAAACAGUGGAAAAGAAAGGAGUUGCUGUGAGUGAAGAUGGAAUUCUGAAGGAGAGCCAGUCAGAAGGGAGUGUAUUGAAAAAUGGAGAAAAACAAGGCUUUGUGCCACGAGGAGAGCCCUCUAGAAGAGGCAGGGGCCGGGGAGGCUCCAGUAGUGGUAGAGGGAGAGGAGGAUCACAGAGUAGGAGUGCAAGUUCUGUACAGACAGGAAGAGAUCCACGGAGGGAACGAGAUGGCUACAGGGGUCGAGAUUUCAAAGGUAAGGACAGUGACCUGGAAUGGGAUGGAGACCGGGAAAGGGAUAACAGGGAGCCAAGACGGGAAAGCAGCAGAAGAGAUGAUGGCGUCUUUGAUAAGAAACCUCAAAGAGACCUGUAUGAGCGAAGUGACUCUCGGAGGGGGAAAUCUGCCAGAGGUUCUCGACCAGAGACAAGACUACGCCCAGAGCGUCCACCCAGAUUCCAGAAUGCAAGGGGACGGGGAAGAGGGCGUGGGGGGCGUGAACCCAGAGGUCGUGGUGGAUCUGUCAAGAGCCCAGUACCAAGGAUAAGCAGCAGCAGUGAAGGAGCAAUCACAUCUGCCCCCAGCAAGCCAGCCCUGACAAAGCAGAACUCCUCUGAUCAGAACAAUGAGGAGUGGGAGACAGCCUCGGAGAGCAGUGACUUCAAUGAGAAACGGGAGAAGACAGAAGAAAAGAAGGAAAAGCCAUCGCAGGAAGCCUGGACAGGGUCAAAGGAGAAUAUCCAAGGCAACCAUAGCAGCAAUAAUAGUAUCAGUGGAGGAUCAGGUGCCAAAAAAGGUCCAACUGGGCAGCGAGCAACCGGGGAUAGAUUUUACAGGAGCAGUGGACGUACUGAACCAGAUGGACAUGAAGCCACAGGGAAAAGUGGGAGUCACCAACAUGAUGGAAGUCGUGGCUCAUCAUCCCGGGGAGGCAGUUCAUCAGGUAGUCGCACAGCGGACCGGAGGGUUCCUGGGAAUGGAAGCAGUAGCAGUAGUGGCAGCUCCAGUAAGAGAAAGUCUGCAGGUAAAGGUGGGUCUGUGUCUUCCCAGCGGAAGCCAGACGGCAGACCAGGGAGAGAAGAGAAGGUGUACAGGGUGGAUAGUGUGCAGCUGAAAGAUCCAGCUGCUGUGAAGAGUGCCCUGACGGACAUGUCUAACUAUGGCCUGGUCACCAACAAGAAGCCAGCACCAACGGUCAUUUCAGGGAAAAUCAAUGGACCAGGCAACAGUGGAUGCAGCAAUAACAGCAGCAGUGCAAACAGGGUCAAGACAACAGCAGAAAAGAAACGAGACACUAUGGCUAUGUAUGACAUCAACAACUUUGCCAGUGUUGUGGUUGUAGACGACAAUCCUGAAGUGAUCGUGGAGGACCCCAAUGAACUGCUGAUUCCAGAUGAAGGUUUCCAAGAAGUGCGCUCCAAGAAAACGCUGAAGGAACGUCAGAAGGCCCAGGAGGCAGAGAGGAAGAAACAGGAAAACCAGGCCCUAGCUGAGGCCAUGAAGCAAACCCGUGUCAAUACGGCCUCUGGUAAACCUUCCCGUGCCCACUCCAAGCUGCCACCACGAUUCUCAAAGCAGCAGGCAAAGGAUGCAGCCAAAGAGGCAUCAACCUCUGGCUCUGCUAGCCGGACUGUGGGGCCACUCAACAAGGCACCUGGAACCAAACCCAUGACAAGUGAGCCAGCUAACAUGGGGCUACUGAUGGGAACAUCCAAUGUCAUUAUGUCAACCAGAAGCAGUGCUCUCUCAUCAACUGCUCCCCAACCCCCUCCACUGAUCAAUGCUUGGGAGAAACCCCUGCAGGUCCCUGUAACACCCUUGUCCAACACCAGUCAAAGCAGCCUAGCCAGCAUACCCAUGACCAUGGUGUCUGGAAUGCCGGCAGUCAAGGCUCAGGCUGGUCCUGGCAAGCCUGAUUCAGACCAACAUGACAGUGGAGUGGAGCUGAACAGUGACCACCAUGGCUCCAAUCCAUCCUCACAGCGUAACUCACCCAGUGCUGACAGCAAGGCAGACACUCGACUGAUUCAGGAGCUGAUGACUAGUCAUAUGAGACAGCAACAGCAGCAGCAGCCGCAGCAGAGGACCCCCUCAGCAGACACGCCUGCUUCCAGUGAGUGGUCAUCCUCGCAGUUAAUGAGACUAGAUGGUCCAGCUGUUUCCACAGUCCAGUCCAGUCAGGAGGCAGAGCGUAGCAGUGAGAGAGGCAGGCCGGAAUUGGGGAUACCAGACAUUGGAUCAUUUGUCAGCUCAGGAGAGACCAUUGGGAUGGGCAGUAGCAACCUGUCAUCAUCUGGAAUGAGCUUAGGAGCAGAGCCAUCUGCCAGCGCAGUAUCAUCAAGUGCUGCAGUGUCUCACAUUCCCCAAGCCAUUGACCUGCCUAAGAGUGCCAGCCAGCCACAUCCAGUCACCUCUAUGCCAGAGGAUCUGACCCAGAAACUGGCAUCAGCCAAACGGCUCUGGGACCUCCCUGCCCCUGGAGCCAUACCCGGCAGGGGUGAGAGUGCCCUGUCUCCUUCAGGCAUGAGUGCGGUCAACCCUGUGCCUGUAUCCAGUCACCAGGCUAUUGGAGAAAGCAAUCUGGACCCCUCCACAGUGGAUGAUGAAACCAUGCAGAUGGAAAAUGAGCUCCUGACAGAUGUGCCCCCAGCACAGUCAUCUUCCUCACACCACCCAGUGGUGUCCAAUAACAGCAUGAUGAUGCCAGCAAUAUCCAGCACCAGUGACGCCAACUUCUCUGAGUUUUCACAUAGCUCCAGUUUAUCUGGGGUAGACACUGUGUCUACAACGACGAUGGCUAGUAAUUAUGGUGAGCUGAAUGCAGACCGAAUGGUUUUGAGCCAGCCUAGCAGCUCGUCUACUUCCUAUGCACCCUUGACAUCAUCAGUCUCAUCCUCAAGCACGUCCUUCACCUUCUCUGGUGCAUCAAGCAGCCUGUUGAGUCCAAUGCUUGCCUCUGAGUCCAGAGUCUUGCAAAUCCCUAUUAGUAAUGUGGGCAACAAGAAUCUCUCCAUGUACACAGCAAUCCCUAGCCAGACCAUUGCUGGACAGUCUGUGAACCCAACCACUCUUCUAUACUCUUCUAUGAUUGGCCUGGAUGGGAAAGUCACCACACCAGACCAGAACAAGAUACAGCCAUUCGCCUUUGCUCGGCCGGCAGUCCUCCUUGCACCUACCCAGACAGUACAGGUCAGCAGUGCACAGCCGCAAAGACAAGGGACCAAUGCUUCACAGUCAGUGUUUGGGGCUCAGGGCUCCUCUAGUCAUUUAUUCUCGGCUUUCCCAACAGGUGAUGCCCCACCACGUCUGAUUCAACCCCCGCAGGCUUAUGCCCAACCCCAGUACAAUGUUUCUGUCAUUCAACCAAACUCUGUGACUCUCCCGUACAACUUGAAUCAAACACCAAAUGUUGCCCCAUCUCCACCAGCCGCUGCUGCUGCAGCACAGCAGUCCUUUGCUCCCCUGAGCUUCCUGCAGCCCAAUCUGACGGGAUCUGUCAUUGCAUCAACCCUCAGCCAGCCAUCAUUGCCCAGCAACCAGUCAUACUUGUCCUAUGGGACAGCACCAUUCUCUCAACCAGAGAUGAAUAUGCAGAGCAGUGCUAUCAAGCCUCAGAGCUCUUUCAAUGGGCUGUCCACAGUCACUAAGACAGUUGCCAGUCUGCCGUAUGGGACUGUACCAAGCAUCAACAUGCAGCAACCUCCAGUCUAUGGUCAGCGUGCUGCAACUCCAGUCGGCAGUCAGACACGCCUUUUGGGGAAUGCCUUAGUGACCCCUAUCCUGCAGUCUAAUAUUCACCAAGCCCAACAACCAGCAUCAUUCUUCACCACCAAUCCUGGCCCCACCCAGCAGCCUACUGGAGUUGGGUCUGCCGGUUCCACCAACUUCUUCAAUUCUCUGAACUCCAUCCAGGGCAGUCACCCAACAGCAGCUGCAGCAGUCCAGCCACCACAGGGAGCUCAGCACCUGCAAUCCCUUGGUACUGUUCCACUUCAGGCAGCAGCACCUGCCCAACCACAACCGUUACAGCAGCAACAGCAGCAUCAGCCCCAACCAGCCCCAUUACACUACCAGAGUCAAGCUAACCCUCAGUUUUCCCAAUCUGCUAGCGUUGGUGUUGUGGGACCUUAUGCCAGCCAGUCAGUAACAGCUCGUAUUACUGGCCAUGGUGGGGCUGUAGGAAUGGAUAGGAAGCCUGUGUUAGACAUGCCAGCACCAUCUUCAGAUGUGAAUGAGUCGUCUCUUAUGUCCUCACCCAAGAGCAGUGACAUGCAGCAGCAUGUUGAUGCAAAGCCAUUCAGUCCAAACCGCAUUUCAGGCUCAUCUCAGCCAGCAGAGCCUCAGCGAUCUAGUUCUCAUUCAGAUGCGCCCUCGAUGGUCUCCAGCAGCCAGCAGUUUGUGAGUAGUAACAGUCAGGUUGUGAAGCCAACAUUCCCAAAUGUACCCAGCCAAGCUGUAGUUCGUCAACAGUUUGGGCUUCAAAACCAGCAGCAACCACAACAACAGCAGCAACAGCAACAGCAGGCAUCUUUUAUGCCUCGUGUUCCAACCACGCAAGCGCCACCACCUCGUGGAAUGACAGUCCGACCUGGAGGCCCACCACAGCCAUCUUCACAGAUGCAACCACAGGGGUUCCCAGCUCAGGCUGUUCCUCCCCAUUUGAUGCGUUUUCCAGCUGUAGGGACUCAGAUGAGGUUCAGACCUCCACUGCCACAGGCUAACAUGUCCCAGAGGCUGCCCACCUCCUCUGCAGCUCCUGCCGGUCCAUCGCCAAGAUCCGCAGAUCCUGGCCAGACAGGGACAACUCCAGUCUCCCAGAGUAGCAGCUUUCAGCGCAAAUCAGCAGGUCCAAGCAAAGGGGCUGUAGGUCCUGGAAACAUAAGCACCUCCAAGUCAGGGGCUUCUGCAGCAGGUGAGUAUAAACAGCCCAGUUCAGAAAGUUCCAAGUCCAAAGCCAGUGAAAAAGAAGCUUUGUUGGCCUCAACCAAAGCCUUUUUUACCAAUCUGAAGAAUCAAGAGAGUAGCAAGAGUAGUGGGAAACCCACCGACAAGGUUUCCACAGAGAACAGUGGCAGUUCCUAGUUGAAUGGGCCACAAACUACAGGCUCUGCCAGCAAGAACUGAGGUCAGAAGGCGUUUUAAACUUGAAGGUUCCCUGUAAUAGGAUAAAAAUGGUCUGACCUUUGUGUAACAUGGGUUAAGAAUACAUAGUUAUACUUAGUGGUGUAGAAUCUUGGUUGCAGUCCAAUGCAGAGUGGGAUUCAAAAUCCUCCAGUAGAAACUUAUUUCUGAUAUAAAAGCCUCUUGCUUAAAUCGUAGUCUUAUCUGUUCUUGUUUACAAGUUAACUUUUACCUCGUAUAUCAAAAGUUGUAAAGAAAGCCUGAUCAUAAAUAAUGCAUUGUACAUACAAUAUAAGGUGUACAGAAGGGCCCUGCGUAGUUGACUUUGAUGAAAACCCAUUUCAAGAAUUAAUCAAAGCAAGGUCCUGAUACACGUUUCUUCUGUAUAAAAACAUCAUCAUACCGACCUUGUGGUUUCAGCAAGGUCACAUUGAAAUUCAGUUGUCUUUCUAUCGAGGCCACAAAGUCCCUUGUAACUUUGAGACCUCCCACCUGAAACUUAUGCUCAUGUAAUGAUGGCCAACUUUGAAUUGAAUGAGAUAAGCGUCCGCUAUCCUAUAGUUUCAUUUGCUGAUUAAUUUUGUGGAGUCACUGAAUGGCUUAUUGCUACUGAAUUUAACUCCACAAAUAAAGGGACUGAAUAUUGAUGGUGUGUCUGUGAUAGCUGAGUAAUUAUAAAAAAGAUCUAUCAAAAGGGUUUUGUUCUGUAUUUCUUUGUCAAUAUUUGGUAUUGGAAGGUGCCAUGUAGUUCAUAGCUCCUGUUGCCAACCGUUCCAGUUUGCCUGCACAGUAUGAAUUAUAGAGGUUUCCAAUUGCAGUGUGUUCAUUUUUUGGUCACUUAUUUUUUAGUUUCAUUGCUUGUCUACAGCUUGUAUUUUAGCUUUAAGAAACAGGAAUAAAAGUUAUUCUUUGUAAGGGUGGUACUUGUAGGUUGCAAUUUUGUUUGGUUGAAAACGGAUGUGUCUGUUUGUAUUCUUUCAUGAAAUGCGAAUCUUUCAUACAUCUAGCAUUUGUGACCGGCUCCACAAAAAUGGGUAUUACCGGACGUUUUUUUAAAAAGUUACAUACACAUUUGAAUUAGUUACAUUAUAAGGUUUAAUUUGGUGUAGGUUUGAACCCAGUGACAUUUUGCAGUCUGGAGAUAUAUCGAUUUUUGCAUAAUCAUAUCAUACACAUUAACAAGAGUGCUUUCAGAGAUAAAGCCCUAACCCCUUAAGGCCAGGAUUCUUUUGACCCCAAUUGCUGGGCAGUGGUAUGCCCAGAAUGCAAAGAUGUGUCCAGCAAGCAGGCCCAAUUGAACCGGCAGCUGCAUGGUGAAUAGACUGUUAUGUGUGGUAUGCACUAAUCUUAAUUGAACACAGGAAGUGGGAAAAAAAAUCAACCAAGAAGAAAGAAGUCUCUCCAUACCCAUAGCAACAGUUGGGUUUCUUGUAUAAAUUGUGAUAGAAGCCAAUCAACCAAGAAGUAAAAAAUCACCCCAUCCACAUAAAAAGCCCUUUGUGGGAAAUAACACGGUGUCCCUUAAUACCCUUUUUCACAGAGUAGGUCACAUUUGAAGUUUAGUAGUAACAUAGUUGAAAUUACAAAGUACAAGAAACUUGAACAGAUAGAAUAUUAAUUGAAGACUAGUGAUAACAGUUUUAAUUAGAAACUUUAUUGUCUUAGUACUUUUGUCAUGGGUUGGUUUACUUGAAAUUCUUUUUUGUUGAAAAACUCAUAACUAGUUCUAAAUUGAUUUGUUAAGUUGACAGUGUGUUCGUAGUAAUCCUUUAAAUUACUGGUGCAUUUGUCCAGUGUAAUAUUUCCUAAUGUGGAGAAAAAUGACAAAAUUGUAAAUAACUGUUGAUGAAUAUUCAAGAUGGUUGUCAUUUUAAAGGUUGAAUUCUUGAACAUAAUACUUGUUGAAUCUGAUAAAAAGUUCAUCCUUUGUUGUCCUUUUUGUCCCAAAAGGACAUUUUGAAGACUUGGUGUUCCAAUUUAUGAUUGAUGAAUUUUUAAGCAGACCAUCAGAGGCAGACACAGUAGGAUGGUUGAAUUAUCCAUCAGACUGCAUGAAAAGUAUUACUUAAGUUGAGAUAUUAAUAUAGUGGCGGUAAUUUGGUAUUUUAUAUUCCAUAUUUGUACAGUGAAACUUUGGUUAUGAUGUCCUAUGCAGCUUAGGAUGUUGCGCUGGUUGCCUUGCGUGCUUAAAACGGGAAAUAAAAAUGCUGAAAGUGUACGUUUGGUUGCGUGAGUUGCAUGUACUUCUAAAGUGUGUUCAAGAAAGGAUGUUUGUAACAAAGUUUCCACUGUACCCAACAUAAUCUUUACUUUUUUCCUUUCUUGUAAUAUUAACAAGGCAUAAUUUAUAGUAUUUAAAUGUAUACAUGUAGGUACAAGCUAACUGUCUUGAGAAGAUAAAGAGACCCGUAGUGAAGAUUUGGAUUUGUAGACUAAUUGACACCUUUUGGGGGGAGAGAUUUCAGAUUUUUGGUCUUGGACCAACAGUCGCUGUUUCAUGUGUGUACUGUUGCAUUUUUCCUCCUAGUAUUUUCCAAUUUUAGACACCUUUUCAGUUUGAGUAGUUGUUAAUUUGAUUUACCAUUUCACAAAAUGAGCAAGUGUCAUUGCUUGAUAUUAAAGUGGUCUUUAAUUAGUAGACAACAAGUUAAAGAAUACUAAUAUGUUUCUGCAGCAGGUACGAUUCUCAUUGGCUGUCUUUCUUGGUAUAAGAAAGCGGCAUCUUUGUUGCCGUUACUGGUUUUUGUAAAAAAAAAAAAAUGGUGGGAGUCUUGUUUGAUUUCUACUUGUAUAGUCAGAUUAAAACCCCCAGCCCUUUGUAUUUGACAAAUGCUAGGGUGCAGAAUGGGGUUUGGUUUGUCUACUUAGGUGGAUGCUUAAAUACCCUUGUGUAAACAUUGCAUUUUGGGUGAGCUCUCUCUUGCUCACAUGCUGUAUCUAGACGUGAUAAGUAUUAAUGAAUUCAGAGUGUAGAGGUCGAAAGUCAAUAAAAAAAAAGCUAUGUUGCAAUUCA